AUGCCCGCUCUUCUGUUUGUUUGUUUUCCCAUUGACAGGGUCCAUUUCAGCUUUUUUUUUUCUGGGUCACCGGCUUCAGGCCUGUUCGAGCCCGAUGCGUCAAAAUUAACCCACAUCGCCAACAAUGCUAGUCACCCUCCAGCUCUGGCACGGCAAUCCCGAGCACGGUUUACUUGCCUACAGUACCAAGUAUGCAUCCGUCGCGGCAUCGUCAUUGCUAUCAGGCAAAUCAGGCCUUUCCAGCACCACGGCCACCUGUCGGCCGUUCUCUGCAGCGCCGCGGGUGGGGACUAUAUUAGUAGGCAGGCACAAAGCUCGGCCGACUUACCGAAAAGGAUUGAGACAGGCAUGCCCUCUGACGUAUUUUGGCUGUGGCGCCAAGCUAACAAGCUCCGAAUAGCACAACACGGCGGAACACCUGAGGAGCACAGGCGCGACCACAGCUUGGAAGCUCUUUAAGCUGUGCAUUCUUCUUCUUUUGAUUUCUCCGAUUAUGGAUGUCGUCUAUCGCAUUUACAUUAGGUACCUAUUGUAUGUAUUGUCACACAUGUUGUAGUGUAGCUUUUUCACUCCGCUCUAUUCUUGGGUUCGGGCGACACACGGCACCGAGAACAUUCUCAUGGGGCUCGGACCCGAUCCAUAGAAAACUGCACCCGGAUUUAAACGGUCAUCGAUCACUGAGCAAAAUGCUCAUUGCUGGUCUGGGUAGUAUCCAUGGAUUAUCAAAUAGUAUCACAAAUGUUAAUGAUACACCACGGCAGUUUUUUUAAUUUUUUUCGUAAAAAAAAAAUAAAUCUGGAGAUUAUCAACAACAUUUCGAUGAUAUACC